AUGACGGAUCGUGCUCGUUUGAUCUCAACUUUUAUCACUCCCUUCGGAUUAUUUGAGUGGAAUCGAAUGCCUUUCGGCCUGAAGAACGCGCCCCAGAUCUAUCAACGCAUGAUCGAUAAUGCAUUGUAUGGGUUUACCCGGAUCCCGGGGGCUGAAGAUCACGGAAGUAUGGUGGAUGUGUUUGAGGACGGGGAACCGGUGGAUCCAGGCAGCCCUUCGGUGCUUGGCCGCAGAUCAUAUAUCGAUGACAUCCUGAUCCCCGCUAAUAGUUGGGAUCAACUAUGUGAUCGAGUCGAGGGGUUGCUCGAAGCAUGCGACAAAUGGAACCUGUCGAUCAGCGUGGUUAAAAGUUUCUGGGGGAUGCCCAAGGCGGAAUACCUUGGACAUAAGGUCUCGCACAACGGACUGGAGGCGAAUCCGAAAGAUCUGUCUGCAUUAACUGAUUUAGCCUUUCCAGGAUCACUCAGGGCUAGGCAAUCAUUUCUGGGGAGUCUGAACUAUUAUAGCCGAUUUAUCGAAGACUACGCGAUCUACGCGUCAGUUCUGUACGAAUUGCGAGAAAUCGACUUCGCUGCGAUGGUGAAAGAGACGACUCAAGGGCGGAUCCAACAAAUAUUGGGAGCAGAAGGUGUAGAUCCAAGAUCACAGGAAGAUCGGGAUGUCGACCACCGAAGAACCUUGGAUCUGGAGGCGCCUGAUCCUAUGGAGGUAGAUCCAGUGAGAGAAGAGGUCGUACGGGUAUCAGCGGUGACGACCCGAUCUAAGGCUCGAUCGGGGGUACGUGUGGGGUCUAAUCCAGACUCCUUACGAGAGGAAGUCGUGAGAGAGCUACGGAUCGAACGGAUCCGACAAGCGCAGGACGAGGAGUCGUGGAUCAUGGGCUUGAAGAAGUAUCUAAUCGGGGAGAUCCGGGAUCUGACACAAGAAGAAGCUAGAAUGUUCGGAUCCAUUGCCAUGAAUUAUGAAGUGGAUCAGCUGGAUCUACUCUUCUAUUGCCCGACAUCUAAGGAAGCAGCCGCAGAUCGAGAUAAGCUGAUGCGACUAGUGAUACCUGAGACGCUUCAGCAGGACAUUCUGCACCACUAUCAUACGAGUCUACAGGGCGGUCACCAGGGGGUCGUCCGCACUUAUGACCGGAUCCGUCACUCGCCAGGG